AUGUAAUAAAUUACAAAUUAGAAGUUUGAGUCACUAAGAGAACAACUGACCUCAUCUUAUAAACAAUCUCAAAUACUAUCUACUUAGAGACACCAAUGCUAACUUUAUUAAUCUUCAAUUAUUAGGAGUGAAGACAGUUGUCUGGAAUAAAGUAAACUUGAACAAGAGUAAGAAUAGGAUUUAGAAUAAGGAACGUUGCCCACUUCAAUAAGGUCUAUGAAGAAGAAAAAAUAAUAAGCUCGUGUGAUGGCAUCAUAAUAUAACUAAAAAGAAAUUCUUUAAAGUACUAGCAAAAAAAGCAUAAUCCCAAAAAUCAUCAUAAUAUAGAGGAACUAUAGGAGACAUUUGAAUAUGAAAUCAUUUCAUAAAAAACUUAAAUAACUCAGAAGCAGGAAAUUUGUUGUUGAUGAAUUUCACUAAAUAGAAAAGAAUUAUAAUGAAGACCUAAAUAUCAUAGUCGGUAGAUUGAUACCAGAUAUUAAGCGUAAUGAAAUUUUGACUUAGGAUGAGUUGCUAUCUCUAUUUUUAAAUGUCGAACAAAUACAAUAAUUAAAUUGCAAAUUUUAUGUGACAAUACAAUAAAUUUUACAAAAAUAUAAACACUUUCUUAUUAUUUCGUAAUAAUUCAAGAUUUAUAUCCCUUUUUUUAAAAUCUAUUAUGAUUACUGCAGCAGAUUUUAAUUAGAAAAUAUUAAUAAACUACGUAAUAGCAAAGCAGAAUUCAACUCAUACAUUCAGGACAUAGAGGCAAGCGGAAUCCUUAAAGGUCUAACAUUUGAAUCCUUUCUUGUCAAACCUGUAUAAUAGUUACCUAGAUAUGUGUUGAUGAUAGAAAAGUUAGUUAAAUAUACUGAAUUAAAUCAUCCUGAUUACACUGGUCUCAAAUAGAUACAAGAAUAAUUCUGUAAAAUCAACGAAUAAAUUAACCAAAUGAUGAAUACAACUCAAAGCAAUUUGAAAUUACUGGCGUAAUUCGGAACAAUUGAUUAAUAGGAAAUUGAGAUGAUCUAAAAAAAGUAGCAAGAAGAAGAGCAAUUCCUAAAAAAUUUAUAAUAAUAAGUUUCAAUUUAGAUUGUUUCCACUUUCAAAUAGAAGGAUGGAAUCAAUACAUUCAUUGUCUACAUAAUCUAAAUUUAAAUAAAUACUUACAGAAUAAGAACAUAUCAAAGAUAUAGUGAUUUAAUUGAACUCCAAACAGCUUUAUUAGAUAGAAAUUUUAGGACUGAAUAAUUCUAAAGGAACUGCAUAAAUCUAAUUUCAGAAGACAAAUUAAUCUAAGCUCGCUAAGACUCCAUAUAGGAUUUCCUAAAAUCCAUAUUUUUUAAUAAAUAAAUGAAAAAAUAUGAAGAUAUUCUCAUUUAGCAUUUAGAUCUCCCUGAAAAUUUCUUUGCUAUAGAUAAAGAUCACAAUGAAACUUUAGUUACAAUGAGAGGUAGUUACACAACUUAGAUGAGAAAUACUUUGUUUUAAGAAGAUGAGUUUGAAAUUGUUGUAUUUUUACCAGACGAUAAGAGUAUUACUUUGUAGAUAACUAAACAUUGCAAAACUAUUGAUUUAAUAGAUACUGUUUGCAGAUCAAUAUUUUUAGAUAGAAACUUUGAUUUCAAAUUGAUGAUUCUUCAAAACAACACUUGCAGAUACUUAGAUGACAAUGAAGUUGUUUAUAAAGUAAUGAAAAAUUACAAUCACAAAAAAAGAAAUUUCCUGUCUAAAUUAUUAAAUGGGAUCUAUUAUUCAUUUAGUUCUCAGUAAUAACCGAAAUUUUAUUUAAAGAAAUACUUGUAUCUCAGUUAUGAAAUUGAAUUUUAAGAAUUUAAUAAAAAUAAACGGAGAUCCCUUCUAUUAUUUUAUUAAGAAUUAUCGCAAUUAAAAUUCAAUCAUUCUAAUUUGAGUCAAAAAGAUUAUGUAAUUCAAAUUGCAUUAGCAAUCUGUAUUCUAUAUAACAAUCAAAUACAUAAGAUUAGAACAUACGAAAAAGUGAGAAUGCAUUGGUUUCAGAACUUUGUGCCUUUAUUAAUCUUAAAUAGUGUAAAGAAGGUUGAUUGGAAGAAAUAGAUCUUCUAACAAAUUAAGAGAAUAUUGAUUGAAUUGCAAGAUUAAUAAAAUCAACAAGAAUCAAAAAAUGAAAUAAGAAUCUUAGAAAUUUAAUUCCUUAAUAAUCUUUAUAAAUAAAAAUUACAUGGAAUGAAGAUGUUCACAGUGAAAAUGAUGUAAAAUUCAUUUCUCAAAAAAUAAAAGAGGAUGCCUAUUAACAUUACACUUGGUAUUCUACAUAAUGAGAUCUUGAUAUUUGAAUUAAAUCAAAGAAUUCCAUUAAUGUAGUUCCCAAUUUAGUAAUUGCAGUAGAUAUCUAUUUAGAAUAGUGUAAUGGUAACUACUUUUCUUGAUGGAUACAUUACUUUUAAACAUUAAUCAAUUAUGGAAGUCUAUAGAUUAAUGGAAGAAUACUAACAAAUCAGUCUUUUAAAAGAUAAAUUAGGCUAUCCAGAUACAGUAGAAACGAACGAUGUAAGUUAAAUCAUCUGAGUUUAUUUAUAUUAUAAAUUUUGAGUUAGCAUGUGUUUAAA